UCUCAUCCAUCCCCUAAUUUAUUAACUUUUCAAAAAAAUGCAUUUAAUACUCUUUUCUCUCUCUACAACUUCUUUUUGACUUUCCUGUACCCCACUUUCUCUCUCUAUCCACAAAACCAAACGCUUAAAUAAAGGCCGAAACUCCAUUCUUUUUCUCUAGUCGCCACCUCCAAAUCUCUCUCUCUCUGUUUUCUCUCAACAACAACAAAAAAAAAAAAAUCCAUUCACAGAGUGAUUUCAAUGGCAGUUGAGGCAAGACAUCUCAAUCUUUUCACUCAGCAACAGCAGCAAAUGGUUUCGAAUCAAGGGAAUGGGUUUUCGUACAAUACCCAAAUUGUUGGUUCUUCUCUGUUACCGUUACCGACGCCGGAGAAUAGUUUUUUACCGUUUCAUCAGAGUCUGAUGUGUGAUUCGGUUCAGCCAAAAACGUCGGUAAAUACUGAUAGUGGUCUCACUUUCAAUCUUCCUACUAAUGUUAACGCUACCACUGCUGCCGGUGUAGCGGCGACGAGGAAGCGGUCGAGGGAUUCGUUUAAUCAAUUUAAUACUUGUAAUACUACGUCGUUUGUUGGAGAGGACGUUUUGCCACUUCUACAACAGUACCAGUGUGAUAUCGAUCGGAUUAUUUCGCUUCAUACUAAGAAAGUAAGGAUGGAAUUAGAAGAACGGCAGAAACAGCAAGCGAGGGUGUUGGUUGCAGCAAUCGGAGAAGGCGUAUCGAAAAAACUGAAAGAAAAAGACGAACAAAUUCAACGAAUGGGGAAAAUCAACAUGGUUCUACAAGAAAAAGUGAAAAGUCUGUUCGUUGAGAAUCAGUUGUGGAGAGAUUUAGCACAAACAAACGAAGCAACAGCAAAUUCCCUCCGCAACAACUUAGAACAAGUAUUAGCCCACGUCGGCGACGAACGUAUCUCUGCCGGCGGUAACAUCGCCGGAACAGCAGUUGAGGAAGUCGCCGAAUCCUGCUGCGGCAGCAGCGACCACGGGGCAGGGGCGGAAGAGGAGGAUGAAAUCGAAGGCCGGCGCACCAUAGUCGGAGAAGCGCAUGAUAACAGGAUGUGCAAAAGGUGUGGUGAGAGGGAAUCAUGUGUAUUGCUAUUGCCAUGCAGGCAUCUUUGCUUGUGUGCUGUUUGUGGUUCAAGUUUAGUCCAUACAUGCCCUGUAUGCAACUCUAACAUGAAUGCCACUGUGCAUGUUAACAUGUCUUCCUGAUCAAUCAAUCAAAAUCCAAAAAAAAAAAGAUGAAACAAUUUUUAGAAAGAAGAAAAGAAAAUCAUAGAAUUUUGUUGAUGUAGAGAAACUUUUAGAAUUUUAGUUUGUAAAUUUCUUUAGUAAUUUGUAAAAUGAAAAAAUGUUCAUUCUUUUUUUUCUUA